GUUUAAUUGCAGGUUAAAUUAUUGUUCCAUUUACUACUUGAGGUUUUACUACUUACUUAAUUUAAUUAAUUUUCUUCAAAUGUGUAUGCCACGUCUAAGGCCAUCGGUUCGACGGCCUCUAUAUCACUCUUCGUGUCUUUUGCUUAGCAUGCACCAAAAUAUUUCCGGGAAAAAUUACUACGAUGUAUUGGGAGUGAAACGAGAUGCUUCGAUUGCUGAAAUUAAAAGCGCUUUUUAUAAACUGUCAAAAAUGUAUCAUCCGGAUGCUCUGAGAAAAUCUGGGAAUGUUAAUAUACAAGUAGCGAUUUAUUUGGAAAUUAAGGAUGCAUAUGAAGUGUUAAAAGAUAAGAAAAAGCGACAAGACUAUGAUUUAGAACUUACCAAUACAUUCAAUGCUCAUCGGACAUACGGGAAAUACGGUGGAACAACUGGUCAGAAUUUUAAAAAAUGCGAUCCAUCAAAUUUUUACGCAAGAACACCGCAAUAUGAUAAUGACAAAUGGUACGAAUGGUAUCAGAGUCGACGUAUGGAUCAAGUAGGAACAGAUUGGAUUCGGAAAAAUACUGUAGACUAUUGGACGAAAACAAUGUUGGCUUUUUUCGUUAUAUCUUUCAUAUUUUCGAUCAUUAUACGCGUGCGAACUGAACAGUUUCGACGAAAAGAAUGGAUUGAACACAUGAUGCGAAGAAAUAAGGCAAAAGAAAUGGAAAUUGAAGAUUCGAAACGAUAUCCCUAA